CAGGGUCUUUCAAGCAUUAACUUGGAGUUACAAAGUAACCUGUAGGGAGAGUUGUCAUAGAAACACAGCCCAUUAUAAUGAAAAAUAAGAAGUAUAAAGACAGGGAUGGGGGCACAGACCUUCCAUUUUAACCACAACUAAAACUGUUACUCCACUUGUACAGCUGCAACAUACAGAAUGGAUUCCUGAGAUGUAUGCCACCACAACUAACUAGGGAAGUUAUUAUGUAACUAAUGGUGUCAUACCAAAGGGCUAUGCUAAUUUAUCAAGAAAGAAAAGUAAACUACAGUACAUCAACAACCGUAGCAGCCGUGGCGGAGCAUGGCACACCACAUACAACCAAACGAAUGAGAGAACAUGAGCGGAGGACUAAAACAAGUGAGACUUUCGCUAAAAGCAUAGCAUAGCAGUCUGACGGCCAUAGCAGAGGGCUAGUGGUGGACUAUGGGCUCUACAGGAUCCAGGUCCAGGCUGAGUCAGGUGGCCUCGUGUCACAGUCAGCCAGAGGGAAACCAGGACCAGCAGGCCAGUCAUCCCACCUCACAAUGGACCAUCCCUGCUGUGCCAACCCCACUGGAGCCACAACAUGGGCUCCUGGGACACAGUAGGACUAUCCAGCUGCCCCCACUGAAACUGGAAAACUCUGCAAGCUUCCCACCGCUAUCUACAGCAAGCAGCCUCCCACAGAGUCAAAGCAACAUUUGGGGACCAAGCAUCAUUCAUUCUCAUCCACCACGAAGACUACAGGUGUUGCAACCGCUGGCCCCUCUUAGUGCAGGCCUCAAGGUUACUGCCAAUCACAUGGCCAUGGACAGAGACUGGAGAGAUGGGGGUGUCCUCCACUUUUCUACCCCCAGCCAGCGGGCACACGAUGGCACCGGCCACCAUCCGCAGGGAGGACUCCUGGAGGCACAGAUGGUCCUCAGUCAACAGGCCCAGCGGAGAAGGAGAGCCCACCAGAGACGAGUCCGAGAGCAGCGGGUCCACGAGAGGACAAUCUACAUAGAUAAUGUUGAAGCACCUAGCAGCAAAGGGAUACAGAGACUGCAUCUGCUGAACAGGCCAACCCAAAGGGACAUAUUUUGGGAUGAGAUGACAGGAGAGAGUCUUGACCUCAAGGAGAUCCUGCAACCAAGCCCCCUUCCCCUGGAGCAGGGAAAGAGACAGCAGUCCCAGCCUGGACCACCACCGUGCCUGUGUAGGGAUGAGGAGCUGAUCAACAGAGACUUGGCUUGGGAAGGCCUCAGGAGUCCUCACCGGAAAACCAAUACUCUCACAGACAGAGUGGCAGGGGAGACAGAUGGUGGACUGACCAUGAGGAAAACCUUACCUUCGAUGCUGGACUGGAAGACAGAGAAACAAAGAGAUACAAUUCCCAAACACUUGAGCUCUUUCGGGGAUAGUGAGAGGGCUAGUAGGAGGCCUCUGGGAGGCUGGCAGAGAGAGGGCAUUAGAGGUCUAUGUCAUGGGGAGAGGGGGAUUUGGGAACCUGACCUGGAGUAAGAGCUGUUUGAGAGGUUUACUAAUCUGGAUUAGACCGGAUCUCCAAUCUCAGUUUGCGAAAUGCUAAUGGUGUAUAGAUAGAUGGUCACUUCAUUUUGAAAAGCAGAAAUUGUAGCUCAUUUAUCUUUUAAACUGUUAGCAUUUUUACUGUAUGAUCACAUGGCAAACUAAAAUAUUGGUUUGUCAUAACCAAAGUUUUUCAGAGAAUGUGUCCACCACCAGUGUUACACUAUGGCCUGAAUGUAUUCAUAGGAUUGCUUUAUUAAAAUAGCAGCUGUGGUUAAAGUAAGUCUAGGAUUGCUUCAUUAGAAUAGCAGAUGUGGUUAAAGUAAGUCUCAUUAUGGGAACAAAUCUGUUUUCCAUAACAAAUAAAAUGUGUUUAUGAAAGUGACUGUGUUAUUAUUAUUCCAGCCUGUUUGAAGUCAGUGUGUGGCGCCCUCUAGGGAUGAUAGUGAUACUACAGGUGUGGAAAGGUCUAAAAUUAGCUUGACUAACACCAGCAUAAUGUUCAGAAGGUGAGAAAGCACAUUAAAAAAUAAUACAUUUGG